GUUUUCACUCGUCUCCAUAGAGAGAGAGAGAGAGAGAGGAUGGCCAGUUUAUCAGAAACCAUCUCCAAGCUCUUCAUCCCCAUCCCCACUAGAGAUCUCGGAUUCAGACCACAUCAUCGGAGAUUUACAUCCUUACCCUCACAUUUCAAAGUUCAAGCUGUCUCUUCUCCUUCCUCAAGUAAAGAUAAUCAUGUUCCGAACCUCAAGAAAAAUACGAAAAAGCCUCCAAGAGCACCGCGCCGUCUGAUAACCAUCUCAACAUCCAGCGGGAGAUUUCACGGGCAGUGGAGCUGCGACUACGUAUUAUCGUUGAGGGAGCUUCAGUUGGCAGAUCUCGCUGAAGACGGACAGAAGGAUGCAGAGGUCUUUGUUAGUCUUAGCGUUCAGAAGCAUUCUGGCUUCGGAUUUUCUGUAGAUGGGAGAAUCAUCACAUCCAUCAGCCGGAAAUGCAGUUGCUGCCUUUCAUCAUACUGUACAGAGAUUGAUACUACCUUCGAUGUUUGGGUUCUACCUUCAAGCAAGAGCAGUGAGACCCAGCUGCCCGAAAUUGGAGGAAGCGAUCCAUCAGUGGUCUACGUGCAACCUGGAUCAGAGGCGGACCUUGAUUCCUUAGUCCAAGAUACAAUACGACUAACAGCUUCGGGGAAGGAUACAUGCUCUGAGGCAUGUGAGAAGUCUGCAGUCAUAUGGCAAUCAUUCUUUUUGACUGCGCAGAUACUGAUAGUAAAAGAAGUUACGACAAGAGGUGGUCUAGACUUCUCGAGAUAAAGAAUGCGAUGUGAAGAUUGGCUCAGUUUAGUUCGUAGAAGGCUGUCUAUGCCAAUUGUCCAGAACAAGUCGAUCUCAGACAAGGGUGUCCUAAAGAUCGAACAUCUGUAUCCAAGACUUCGGCCGAACUCGCUGUCGAUAAAAAACGAAGGUCCAAAGAGAUUGGGUGAUAAAGAAGAUAGUCUGUUGAUGUUCCAGAAUUUCAGCCUCACAACAGACUGAUAUUUCACGUGAAGAAGUGAAGGACGACAUUAGCAGGCAUAGAAAAAAAGUAUAUAAUGAGAGGAGAAUAGAAGUUUGUGGCGUAUUGUAUUUAUCAACAGCUGUUUUGAUGAACCCAUGCGUGUUGUAAUAUUAUGAGUCGGUCGCACCUGAGGUGCAAGUAUUAUAAGACAGAACAUGACCGUGGCAUAUGGAUUUGAUCAGUGAUUCCACAAACUACAAGUUUUUAGAGAGA